AUGUAUCAUGGUGUUAUUAUUUCCAGGUCAUCCGUGGCACAAUUAAGUACUGCAAAUUUAUUAGCUGGUUCUAGUGCACGACCAACAUGCCUUAGCUUACACGGCUUAUCACCAGGACAAGCUCGAAUAUGUGAGUUAUUUCGUGAUCAUAUGCCAGCAGUUGGCGCAGGAGCAAAAUCAGCAAUUUUGGAAUGUCAGUAUCAAUUUAAAAACGAACGAUGGAAUUGUUCGACGCCAUAUGGUUCUGGUUAUAUUGGUCCCGUUCAUAAACUUGGCUCACGCGAAGCAGCAUUUACUUAUUCAAUACUAUCAGCUGGUGUGACUCAUGAAGUUGGUCGAAGAUGCCGCUUAGGUUUACUUAGUUCAUGUGGUUGUAGUGAAGCGCCUAAGCCAAAUACUGUUAACGCUGAGUGGACUUGGGGAGGAUGUGGUGAUAAUGUCGAAUAUGGCUAUAGAUUUAGUCGAGAUUUCGUUGAUAUAAGAGAAAAAGAAGGUUUUCCUAAGCGCUCAAAUGAUCAUGGUCGAUCAUUGAUGAAUCGAUGGAAUAAUGAGGUUGGGCGAAAGCUUCUCAAACGACAUACGCGUCCAAAAUGUAAAUGCCAUGGAGUUAGUGGAUCAUGCAAUAUGAAAACAUGUUGGAUGCAAUUACCCACUAUAAGGCAAAUGGGUAGUGUGCUAUUAACUAAAUACAAAACGGCUAAAAGGAUACAGAUUAAUGCUCGAGGUAAUAUGCAAAUGGUUAGCCAACCGGGAAAAAGAGAACGAAAAAACAACAAUAAGAGGAGAAAAGAUCGUUCGCUGCAAACUGAACUGGUUUUUCUCGAUGAUAGCCCAGAUUAUUGCCAAGAAAAUCGAUCUCAAGGAACACUUGGAACAACUGGACGACAUUGCAGGCGACGAUCAGAGGGAUCAGAUAGUUGUGAUGUUUUAUGUUGUGGACGCGGCUAUAAUAGCUAUACGAUGGAAACAGUGACGAAAUGUCGUUGUAAAUUUCAAUGGUGCUGUAAAGUUGUAUGUCAGACAUGCAUCAAUCAAACACAAGUUGAUAUUUGUAAAUAA